AUGGUGCAACGAGGAGCCCGUGGUGGUGGUUGCAGUGGUAGUCACAUUGGUGGUCGUGAUGCUGGAGAUAGAAAUGCAUCUGAAUCACACAAUGAUGCAGAAAGUCAACCUUCUUCUUCAGUUAGAGGAUCAAACAUCUUGGAACAAGUUCCAAGUAACCCAUCAAAAAGGAAGUUCAUUGAAGUUGAUUCUAAAAAGGAAUUUACGGAUCAGAUUUCAGUGAUCAGAGCUAUCACAUGUAUACUGAAGACGAUGUUUGACGGCCCAUGGACCUCAUGGAAGAAGGUUGACAAAGAACAUCGUGAUGCAAUGUGGGAACACUUCAAGGGUUUGUAUGUUUUGCCCGAAGAGACUGAUGUUCUUGCUCGCAAGGUAUGGGAAGACUGUAUGAAGAAACGAUUUCCUGACGUAAUGCGAAGAGCACGUGAAGCAUCUUUAAAACUUGCCAAAGCUGCAAAUGCGAAUGCCUCACUAGAAGGUGAUUUAAAUUUGCUAAAGGACUAUCGCCCAAAUUGGAUAAAAAAGGAGUAUUGGGAAAAAAUGAUCAAUGAAGUGUGGACCACAUCCAAAUGGAAACGUUUAUCACAAUCAGGGAAAAAUAAUAGAAAUAAAUUAGAAGAUGGCUCUGUUUCCAAACAUACCGGGGGUUCUAUAUCUAUUCGUCAACAUAAGAAAAGAAUGCAAGCAAUGCUUAAACGCCCUCUUACAGGAGUUGAACUUUAUGCAAGGUUGCACACUAAACGGUCUACUUAA